AGGCAUAUAGGCCGCCUGAGAGCCAAAAACCCUUCUCCCAACACAGUCCACCACUCCCCUGAAGAACAGAGCCAGGCCAGGCCAAGCACCCAAGAAUCCUAGAGGCUGAGAGAAAUCUUGCCCAAUGUCGCUCGUCGGAGCCAUUGCCACCUACAGCAUCCUACUCCUCCUGCUGCGCGCCCCCUUCGCCGAGGGACAGUCGUCCGGGAGCUUCAUGAUCGGGCAGAUCUUGUCCGACAACGGGUGCGGUGCCUUCGGCGGCCUCGUCGCCGCGACAGCCGCCGCGGGCGAGGCGUUCCUCGCGCAGAUGGCCGGCGACGCGGGGCUCACCAUCUUCUGCCCGGACGACGAGGCGGUGGCGGCGUUCGGCCAACGCAGGUUCAGCAACCUCAGCGCCGACGACCAGGUCGCGCUUCUGCUUUACCACGGAGUGGCGACGCUCUACUCCGAGGAGGCGCUCGGGGCGAUGUUCGACACGGAGGUGGCCACGCUCGCUAACGGGCGCGGGGACUACGACAUCUACAUCUUCGGAGGCACGGUGACGGUGAUAGUUUCUUCCUCGGUGAACGGGGCCGUCGUCACCAAGAAGGUCUUCGACAUCGAUGGCCUAGGCCUAGAUGUCUACCUCAUCGACUCUGUGCUGGUUCCGGAAGAGCGGACGGCGUUCUGGGACUGGAAACUCGUCUUACUGCUGGUGCUCUGCAUAGUCAUGGGGCUCGUGCUGUUAGUCAUGCUGUUGAUUGGACUUGUACGUCUCUGUGUCGGCUGAGGUGAUCGUGUCAAGAUUGCGCAGCUACCGACGUUUCUACCGCCCGUGUGCUGAAGGUGCUGCAAGAUGGGUCUUCUAAUAGCUCCUUACAUGCGUCUUCUUCAAAGCCGAUGUUUUCUUAGUUUUUACGCUCAUUUCCGCACCUAGUUUGUGUACUUGUGAUGGGUUGUUCAGUUACAUGUCGCGUUUCCCAACUCAGGGUAGUCGAAGAGUAUAUAUGUUGGUGUCACGUUCAUGUUUUAUCGGUUGAUGAGGCCCGUAGUCAUUUGUUUUGCACGGUGUGGGUAGGUGUUGUUUCUUGUGACCGUAACUAUCUCUCCGUUUGUGACUCGGAGGAGACUAUUUAGUACUUAUUUAUAUCAUGUUCUUUUCCCA